CUUUUGACAGCCAGCUAGGUUUUAUGGCAAAGCGGGAAAUAAUGCUAUAAAAUUUAAAAAUAUCAUGGAAGUUUAAAAUGUUUUUGGUCGGUGCGUCCUGAUUCUAAAUAUAUUGAUAUUUUUCCUCAAUAUGCACGAACUUACUUACAAAAACUACCUGUAGAUUGUUUUAAAAACAUAUAGAUACUUCUUUCAGCUCCAAAUCUAGUUUGCUUUGUAUUUAGUUAAGCUUCCUCUUCCGUAUCCUCGCACGUACUGAACAACCGCGGCGAAUCUUGCAAUCGGAGCCACAAUGCUGGAAUUAAGUACGAAAUUGGCCUUUUUAACAAACCGUUUGACAAUCGACUACAUUUUGUUUUUUUCAGUGCCCUCAUCUAAAGCGGAUUUCGGAUCGGCCCGACUGAAGAAGGCGGUGGAUAAGGAACUGUUCGUUUCACGAUGCCGAAACCGAUUGAAAGGGAAGAAGAACCUAAAGAAAUACCUCCCAGAACGGUUCAGCUUUCUGUAUCAGUUCCUCUGGAACCAGAUGCCAUCCAACCUGUACGAGAACAUUAUGGGCAAGUUGAACAAAUCGCACCAGGAGUUUACGACCAAAGUCAUCAGUUCGAUGGUACCGGACGAGGUGCUGUACAGUCCGGAUGAUUAUAAAACGAGCAAAUUUAUGACCGCAAUGAUGUUUGUCGAUGUUUCCGGAUUCACCGAUCUUUCCGAAUUGUACCACAAUCCCGAAAACGGUGGAGCUUCUAAACUGUCCCAAGUCCUUAACACCUACCUCGGAGGGAUCGUGAACGAAAUACUAGGCCAUGGUGGAGAUAUUCUCAAAUUCUCGGGCGACGCUAUCCUGGUACUGUUCAAGGCAAACUCGUCCGUAUCGUUGCCGGAUGCGAUUCAUCGUGCGAUCGAUACAGCGAUCAUUAUACAGCUUUCCUAUGGACGUUACAAGACGGAUGUUGGUGUAACUUUGAGGAACAAGAUUGCUAUUUCUGCUGGUGAGGUACACUUUUCGCUGGUGGGAAAUGAAUCCUUUUCCCACUAUGUCGUAGCCGGUCAGCCGGUGUGGAAAGUGAAGCUGGCGGAACGAAUGGCACUGGCGGGCGAUAUCAUCGUUACGUACUAUGCAUGGAGCUACAUUCACGACAAUGAGUAUGUUUGGGAGUCUUGUGCGGAUAAGAUGCAUCUGAAGAUCAAAGGAUUUACCAGCUAUUGGCGAUCGACGAAGCGGUUAAACUUUGCCGAUGCAGCGUACCGGGACGAUGAAGAGGACGAAGAUCUGUUUGUCCAGGACGAUGCAAUCAAGAUCGAUAGCGAAAUGAUUGCCAUUCGUCCUCGUCUCAAAUAUGUAACGCCACACGUUGUGUCCUCGUCAUUGCAAAAGUUCCUCAUCAAACCCGUGCUGAAUGCGGUCGAAAACAACGAACCGCUCGAACUGUUGACCGAAAUGCGUCAAAUUGUGACGGUAUUUUUAAACAUCGUACUGAAACCGCGCGAUGUGACCGCUCUGAUCAAAGAAAUUAAUUCCAUUUUCACUACCGUUUGCAAGAUCGUCGAAGGAUACGAAGGCAUCGUAAAUAAACUGUCCCUCUUCGACAAGGAUGUUAUGUUUUUGAUUAUUUUUGGAUUGCGCGGCCUAAAGCAUGAAAUGGACAGUCAGCUUGCGUUGCACUGUGCCUGCGAGAUACAGGACACGUACGCGAAGAAUCCAUCGAUCAUUUCGGCCUCGAUCGGUAUUACCACCGGCAUAGCGUACUGUGGUAUCGUUGGGCAUACGGUACGGCGCGAAUAUUCGGCAAUUGGGGUGCACGUUAACAAAGCGGCCCGCUUGAUGAUGGCCUACCCGCAUAAGGUAACCUGCGAUAAGAGCACGUUCAUGAUGAGCAAACUGGACCCGGCUCACUUUACGCUGCAAGAUGCAAUUCAGCUGAAGGGAUUGCACAACGUCGGACCGAUUUAUGAGUUUCGGGAAUUUAUAGCGGAACGCGAACUGCUUAAGCCGAUGGUGUACAACUACCCGCUAGUCGAUCGAGACCAGUUCAUCGAAAUCUUCCAGGAAAUGAUCGACGAUGGUAUGGUGAUUGCCCAACAGUGCACUAGAAGCGAUUUUCCAAACGAUCAGUGGAUUCAAAAUUGUCUGUUAAUACGGGGCGAAGCGCAGAUGGGUAAAACGCGUCUGGUGAAUGAAUUUUUCUACAUUGCGCUACGAAACAAACACAUAAGCUCGCUAUGCUUCUCGCUUAGCUUAAAGGAUUCAAAAAAACCAUACUCCGCGGCCAGCCUUUGCAUUUCACGCCCUCUUGGAUUCACCGAAACGAUAACGACCGUUACGAGGCAAAACCGCAUGAAGCUAUACCUGCGGGAGCAUAAAAUGGAGCAACAUUUAUCGCUGCUGAACGAGGUACUUGGCACCAACUUUAUCGUAACGGAAGCGACCGCCAGUUUAAACCAAACGGAAAAGGAUUCCGCUAGAAAAGAGCUGUUCCGGUUUCUCUGUCAAAAGACUUUCCAAAACCUUUGGGUGCUGAUAAUCGACGACGCAGAAUUUAUAGACGACGAAUCGUUCGAUCUAUUUGACGCCAUCUGGGAAAUGCCACAGAUCAUUACGGUUCUAACGGUCGGCUACCAGAAACGGUUGAGCCCGGCACGCAUUCGCGUUCUCGACAGUCCCAAUGUGUGCCAAGUGAAGCUGCCGCCGAUAGAGACGCUGCUGCACAAAGCGGUCGCUUGCCAAUUUCUGAACGUUAAUGCUAUUCCACUGGACCUAGAACGGCUAUUGCACACCAUCAGCAACGGGAAUCCAGGCUGGAUCAACACGUUUCUGCUAUGCUUGCGUCAGAGCGGUAUCCUGCGCGUGAAGCGCAUGGGUUACUGUGAGGCCCAAACCGAAGGGUACGUGUUUUGCGAUUCGUCGUUCCUGCAGCGGGACAGCAUCAAGUCUAGCUCGACAAUCCGGCCGAGCCUAUCCGACUGGCGGCUGUUCGAAUCGUCGUUCGACGUUGGCGAUCCGCUGCUCUAUCCGGGCGAUCAGACACCGUCACUGUUCAACAAGAUCGUAGACGUUGCGUACCUGACAGACGCGGUCGACACGAAGGAUUACUACACCUCCCGCAACCUGGAAGCGUUCCAUCUGAUGCUGUACGAUUCGCUGUCCGCCUUCGAGCAGCUCGUAUGCAAAUGUGCCGCCUUUUUGGGGCAAAAGUUUCUGCGCGCCUCGCUCAUGUAUACGAUGGCUACCGAGAGUGAGUGGGAUGUGGCAAUCGCAAUGAAGAAACUGUUUGACCUUCAAAUCCUGUCGUGCGCAAUCGGUGACUUUAGCGAAGGUUUCCGGUUAGCGCAGCGGAACGUGAACAGCAGCUGGCUGGGACGCGGUGAAUGCGCCUGCAUCGCUCUCGAGAUAGAUCGUGCCUGCAAAGAUCUGCCGAAGUACGCGGUUUGCGGAUACUCUAAAUUCAAUUCCAGUGAGUUCCACAGCACGGUGUAUAAUUUGGUAACGGUGGAGCAGAAGAAGCAGUACCACAGCAAUGCGCUGGAGUUUAUUGAAAGUGAAACAAAAAAAUGUAAUUCCUGUGGAGCUGUGCCGUUUAAGAACCUGAUGAGCUGUGAGGAAACGUACGAAGUACAGGUUGGCUGUCAGAGGUCAGAAGAACUGGAUGGCAAUGAAAUGUUACUUCAAUACAGCACGAGUAGAUUUUCGUUGUACUCUUCUCAGCAAUCAUUCAUAUUCGGCUGCUUUAAACGGCGCCGUAGCUCAUCGCGCCGCGCACCGGUCCUCAGCUACAAAGCGUACAGCUUUGUCUCCUGCAACUGCAACAUGAUCCUUUACGGGAUGUUUAGCGAGAUAGUGCUGCACAGUAAAGGGGCCGGCAUGUUGGAGAAAUGUGUUGAGGCUAGCAUCGAGUGGGCACGGAUCUGCAUCAAACUGUCCAACAUUCCGAAAGCGAUCUCCAUUCUUGAGGAUGCAGCAAAAAUGAUGACUCAAAUUGAUAAGGCCGAAAACAUUGCGCUCGUCACCUACCUGAAGGGCCGUCUUUACACGCUGGAAGCGAAAGGAAGGUACGGUUUGGAGCAGUUUGAGCGUUCCCUGGAGCUGUACUACCGUGCUUCUCGAACGCUUGGGAUGAAUUUUCCACGCCACCGGUCGUUGGUGCGGCUGAAGAGCAGAUUUUAUUUGGGGAAGGUGAAGAAAUAUCUUGAUCCCAAUGGGCAAGAAAAAACGCCCUCUACCAAGAGCCUUUUCUAUAGUUUGAUCGUAUCACAGAUCGCUAGUUGCUUCAACGGUAUGCACAAACUGUUUGUGAAGCUGCGUGACUGGGAUCGAGCCACGCUUGCUGCUAUCUGGAGUCUUAAGCAUGCGCUACGCUACCGGAAGAGUAGCACCGUGUUGGUGAAGUCAUUUGCCAACUUUUUCCAUACAGCCUAUCACGUUGGAUUCUCCGAAAGCACAGCCUGGAUGCAGGAACGAUCGCUGGAAAUAGUGGCGGAGAACGUGCGCCGAAUCGAUGCAGACUAUCUGGAUGCGAUUGUUCGUUACUAUACGGCUCUCUUUCUAUGCCAGACCGUACGCUCGAAGAAAGUCCUCUCGAUUGAGCUCGGGAAGGUUGUGCUGCAAAUAAACGAUAGGUUGCAGUACCAAUCGUGCGAAUGGGACAUCAUUCCCAUACUCUGUGAGGUGCUGCUGUCGAACCGCCGAAUCGCCGAAACAGUGCAAACGCUUUGGACGCUCCAGAAGCUGAUCAUCCAUCAGCAGUACCGCACCGGACACAUCUGGUACUAUGCGAUCUGUCUCGAUGUGCUGCUCGAUACGAGCUGCUGCAUAGAGUCGUACCGGAGGUGUGAGAAUUUCUACUUCAAGAACCGCGAAUCCUUUCUGGCCCAACGGAACAGCUUUGCCAGUGCGCGACUCUUUGCAAAUCUGUGGCUGUGGUGCGUCCGGUACGGUGCCUGGGUAGCGGCCGACAAUUGGUUGGUGCUGCUGCGGGAAAAUUUUGUACUGAGCAUGCACGACUCUACGAUCAACAUUAACACGGCGAUCCGCAUUGUGGAGGGUAUGGUGCUGACUCUGAUCUACCACAUCGAGGCGCGUAAUACGGCCCAGAUUCGGCGGGUGCGGGCCGGCAUCGAGACGCUGCUGGCGAGCAUCGAGCAGGCGCUAUCCAUCAACCGGAAUCACGUGGCGCGGUUCGAGCUGAUGCGCAUCUACUACCGCCAAGUGGUGGAUCCGGCCGGUGGUGGUAACGUCCGCCGGCAGCUGGCGGCGGCCGCCAAACGCGCCCAGAGUCGGAACGAUCAUCUCUGCCACGAUCAUAUCCAGCACACGGCCAAGUUUUGGAAUCGGGAGCUGCCGCCGGCGUUGGAAACCUUCUGGCUGGAUCACGCUGCCGGAAGUGAUCGUAUGGAUGGGACGAGCCGCAGCCAGAGCUUCGCGGCCGGCUCACUGUUCGACAUCAGCAGCGAGCAGCUGUACGACUUUACCAGCUGUAUUUUGCAUCACGAACAGAUCUACCCGUAUUCAUUGCCACUGUCAAGAGCUCGUUGAAUAAUGGAACAGAUUGUCCGGAAGAUGUCAUGCCCGAAACAGCUCCCGGCGGUGGCCGCGGCAGGACCGCCAUCCCGAAACACCCCUCCUAGCGACCAUGCUGACCAGGGGUAUCGGUGUGUGUGAGUGUGAGUGUGAAGCGCGAUUGAAGAGUGGGAGAAUAAUUUGAAUUUUUAUCAAUGUGGUAUGGCGAUCGGUCUCGGUAGAGUAACAGCGGCAGUCGGACUGCCGGAGGAUGAAACCUGAGGAGGACGAAUCCGUUGGCGUUGGUGUUGGUAACGGUUCUCCCGCGCGGCCCAACGCAGCAAGCCAAAAUUAGAUAUCCCCUGCGUCCACGUCCCAGAAUGGCGAAGUAGUGGUGGUGUUGAUAAAUUUUCAUGAGUGACAAGCAAUCGUCGGGAUGUUCGGCUCGGGGUUUUUUUUUCUUCUAUUUGUUCUCUCACUUCUGUCCUGUAGCAUGCUUCCUUUCGAUGUUCUUUACUGUAGUUUGGUUCGGUUUCCAUUCCGCUACGCUUACAGUCGGUUAGUGUAAUAAUUUGACUUAAUCUCACCUUAAAGUUCUUAAGAUCCGCGUGAUCCUCCGCUCCGGCUGAUCUCCUCUAGCUCAAUUGGGCGGUUGAAUCAUAACGAAAUGCAAACGAGAUCUCCCGGCUCUCAACUUUGGAUCCUCGGACUCCCCCUCCCCCCGUCCCCCCAUCCCUCCCCUUACUACAUCUCAAAUUCGAGACAGUGUCGGUAUGCGUUACGCAUGACUCCCCGGGGGGAGAUGGUUCUCCAUCGUGGCUUCGCAUUAGCGAUACGGCACGCAACUCGCUUUAAGUGUCGCGCAAAGUUUAAGUGCGUAUACAUUGACUUUGAAAAUUGUAAAGCAGCAAAUACCCCAUUUCUUACCGGUCCGGGCUGACCCUUAUUCCUUUCUCUCCACACACUUGGCGCACUUUUCCGGCGCAGACGGCGCAGCUGGGUUUCUUUUUUGUUUUUUUUUUCUCUCGGGACAACAUUUUUGGCCGUUGGCAACGCCGAACUUCGCCGGUCCGGAUGUACACCGGAAUGGAGUCUAGGUUGAAUAAAUUACACUUGAACCAGAUGAGCCCUUCGGCUACUGUUGCGCUUGUCCGCAGCGCAACGGCAGCGUAAGGUAGCUUUUUGUCCUUGUGCGUCGUUUUUACUUCCGCAUACGACCCUUUGGCCAUCAAACGAUUAGCCUAGUUUGUAAAGGUAGGUAGGUAAAGGUGUGUGUUUAUGCUGGGCUUAUCCGCCGCAAAGCACACGGGGGCCAACGCCAUUUAUUCGCGGCCGGCACAAAUAAAUUAGAAUAGCUGAGCACGGUUAAACAACCCGCUACGAGGCUCCCGGUAGCUGUUAGACACGUCACGCACCGGAUGCAUACGUACGCAUGCACGCGCCAAGUGCGUCCUAAAGUAGUUGCCUCCGCCACCCUCCGCCCCCGUCGUCCGACAGCACGUCCUUUUGGGGCGUCCGCACAGGAAAAAGGGAACACCUCCUACACGCAACGCACUCGCGGCUAGGGUCGGCGGCACAUCGGGUUUUAGUAUUCCAAGGGUAAUACUCACGAGCCGGAUUGGGCACCGAGUGA